GUGUGGCGUUUCUACGUGAAGAUGAUUACUGUGGUGUUUGGCAGUGUUUUAGCAACUUUGCUGGCUCUCCUUUUCUUCCAGAGAAAUACUUAUCCCUUUUUCUGGGAUGAUUUAUUUUAUUACUUGAAACUACGGAGGUACACAAAGACGAUGCGAGCUCGUAUGCGGCAAGGAAUCACUACAUACCUCGACAACUUUCUCCACCAAGCGAGGAAGAACCCGAGCAAACCUUUUAUUAUCUUCGAAAACCAGACUCUGACAUACCGGGAUGUGGACAGGAGAAGUAACCGGUUUGCGAACGCAUUAAGGACGGAGGGCUCUCUGAAACAAGGAGACAUUGUUGCCCUGCUGAUGAGCAACGAACCGGACUUCGUGGCUGUGUGGCUGGGGCUGUGUAAGCUGGGCUGCGAGGUGGCUUUCCUCAACGGCCACCUGAAAGCCGGACCGCUGCUGCACUGCAUCCGCAUCUGUGGCGCCGAGACGCUGGUAGUGGGAGCAGAUUUGGUGUGUUCAGUGGAGGAGGUCCUUCCUGAUCUGAAGAAGGACAAUGUGGGUAUGUGGGUAGUGGAUCAUUCAUCACCCUCUGAAGACUUCAAAAGUUUACUGGACAAGGUGGAAAACAUCUCUGGAGAAGCCUUAAGUGACCUCCCUAAAGUUGACAUUAUGUCAAACUUCCUCUUCAUUUUUACUUCAGGCACCACAGGUCUCUCCAAGGCAGCCCGUGUAGGUCACCUGAAAGCCAUUGCGAGUAUGGCAUUCUUUCACAUGUGUGGAGCCACAUCUGAUGACAUCAUCUACAUCACUCUCCCUCUUUACCACAUGUCUGCUUCCCUGUUGGGGAUUGGAGGAUGCAUACAACUUGGUGCAACAUGUGUCUUAAAAAAGAAGUUCUCUGCCAGGCAGUUUUGGAAGGACUGCGUGAAACACAAUGUCACUGUCGUGCAGUACAUCGGAGAGCUCUGUCGAUACCUUCUCAAGCAUCCCAUAAUUCCAGAGGAGCGAGCUCACUGUGUUCGGAUGGCCGCAGGAAGUGGUCUCAGGUCAGAUGUUUGGAAGGAGUUUAUUGCACGCUUUGGUAUAAACAAGAUCAGAGAAGGUUAUGGCUUGACUGAAGCCAGCAUUGGCUUUCUCAACUACACUGAUGAGGUCGGACCAAUUGGAAGGGCGAGCUACUUCAACAAGCUUUCUAUGCCCUUUGAGCUCUUGAGAUAUGAUCCACAAACACAAGAGCCAGUCCGAACAGACUCUGGAAGAUGCAUACGAGCACAAGCAAAAGAGGCAGGAAUCCUGGUAGCUCCUCUGACAGCUAUGAACCAGUUCCUGGGCUAUGCUGGGAACAAGUUCCAGUCUGAGAAGAAAGUGCUUCGGGAUGUGUUUAAAGCUGGGGAUGUCUAUUUCAACACUGGAGACCUCCUGCUCCAUGAUCACAGGGAUUUUCUUUACUUCAAUGACCGCAUUGGAGACACUUUCAGGUGGAAAGGAGAGAAUGUAUCCACCACAGAGGUGUCAGAGGUUUUAGGUCUUCUAGACUUUAUCCAGGAGGUCAAUGUCUACGGAGUCACUAUACCAGGAUAUGAAGGUCGAGCAGGUAUGGCUGCAAUCGUGUUAAAACAGGAUCACAAAUUAGAUGGAAAAAAGCUGUACAACCAUUUGGUGAAGACACUUCCGGCAUACGCCUGGCCCUGGCUUCUCAGAAUACAGAUCUCUCUGGAUGUGACGGAGACGUUCAAGCAGCAGAAGGUGAAACUGGUCCAGGAAGGUUUUAAUCCAGAAACCACACAUGAUCCUUUGUAUUUCUUAGAUAUCUCUCAGAAGGACUAUAUUCACCUGACUAUAGCUUUAUAUGAAGAUAUUGUGUCUGGAAAGAUGAAUUUAUAGACAUGUGAAGACGUUAAUGCAGGCAUAAUGGCAGUUCAUACACGUUAAACACAAUCCACGCUAUGGUCAUAUUUCUUUUUGUCUGGAAAACCCGGAUUUGUGCUCAGUGCCACUGUGACAAGUUCUUAAAAUGGCGAUACAUAUGGCAAUAAGGUGUGAGCAGUGUAACCAAUUAAUUAGUCCUUUUUCACACAUUGUAUUGAAUAAUUUGUAACGAACGCUGUCCACAGUUUUAUAUGUAUAUUUUUAAGCUUAAAUCCUUAACUAAUGGACAGAUUAUGUGCCUUAAACCUAGAGUUUUAUUUUCUUUACCAAUUUUAAAGUAUAGUUGACUAUAUUUUAAUAAGCCUUCCUGUGUUUAGUUCUGUUUUAACCUGUUCUGUUAGAUUCUUUGUGGACUAAUCCACAGCACUGAUUACAUUAGUACAACAACCCAGUCACAUCAGGUCACUUUGCCACUCUCAUGUCCUCUUUUAAGGUUCUAUUUGUAUUCACUCAUUAUUUCCCUUGUGUUUGCAAAGUUAUAUUUGUGUGUACAUUAACAAUGUUGAAAUUCUAACUGAACUGAUGCUG